AUGUGUGGUACCAACACUACUCCCUUCCGGGUCAUUAUUGGUUGCGAGACUGCCAAUGUCCCAUGCAAGGAGAUCCUGAAAGCGCAGCUCGAAGAUGAUCCCCUUCUCAUCGAUAUCGGCGCCGAUGUUUAUUCCACGAUCGCCACCACCGCUGCACAGAUGCUGAAGGAUAGUAAGGCCGACCGGGUUCUCCUCAUCGGUUUUGCGGAGCUCCGCGGAUAUGCUAACACUACAAACAUGCCUAGAACCUGA